UAUAUUAUCAACAAUUCUACUCUACAUCACACUACUUUCAAAAACACAACAUUCUGGGCAUUUUUCAAAUUCAACGCUUACGAAACUCAACGAUACAAAUUCACAGUGCCGCUUGCCAUGCACUAGUCUAAACUACGGGCCAAAGCCAAGUCGAUCGGAUGCAGAUGCCAGCGAAAAAAUGCGUCCACCACUGAAUCCCAAACCCGCUUUUGUAACCUGCACCCACAAAUUGGCCAGCAGGCGCAGCUACAAGGUUCCCCCUGACCACCGACGUCUGGAUGUGGAGGCAGCACGCCAGAAUGCCCGGGUAGUGGUUAUUGGCGCAGGAUUAUCAGGACUGUCGGCCGCACAGCACUUGCUAUGCCAUGGCUUCCGUCGCACCGUCGUCCUUGAGGCCACCGACCGCUACGGCGGCAGAAUAAACUCCCAGAAAUUUGGCGACACCUAUUGCGAGCUGGGCGCCAAGUGGGUACGCAUCGAUGGAUCGCAGGACUCCAUGUAUGAGCUGCUGCGCAACACUGAGGGUCUGGUCAAGCAGAUAAAGCAGAUUACGGAGCGACCCACCUACGUCCAGGCACAGGAAAUGGGCCACAACCAAAUAAGGCCAGACAUGGUGGACCUCAUAGACACUCUCUUCCGCCAGCUCUGCAAGGGAUUUAAGCUCUCUGAGACGGUGAAACGGGGAACGGAUCUGCCCUCGCUUGACAAUGUAAUGAGUUAUUUCAAGACGGAAAGCGACCGCCUUAUUGCCUCCACUUUUAAGCAGCCGGAGGAGCAGCAGGCGGCUCGCGAAAUCUUUCAGUCCCUUUUCAAUGAAUUUAGCAGCGUCCUGGGCAGCUGCCUGGAGUACGUGAAUAUCGAGCACAUCACAAAGUGCCCAGUGCAGCCAGACCAGCGACCCUUGUAUGUGCCCACUGGCCUGGACAAUGUGGUGGAGGAGUUGUCCCAGAAACUGGACAAAGAUCAAUUGCAGACUGGCAAGCCCGUUGGUCAGAUUCAGUGGACUCCAUCACAGCUACAGAGUGUGGGCUGUUUGGAUGGAAGCCUUUACAGUGCGGAUCACAUUAUAUGCACCCUUCCGCUGGGUGUUCUCAAGAAUUUUGCCGGCAUACUGUUCCGUCCGACACUCCCACUGGACAAAAUGCUGGCUAUCAGCAAUCUUGGCUUUGGCAAUCCGCUAAAGAUCUACCUCUCCUACAAGAAGCCCAUUGGACGGUGGCUGAGAGGCAGACUGCGUCCUCUGGGUGCGCUUCUGCAACCAGCAGUGAACCCUCAGCAAGUGGAACGCAACUGGACCCAGCAGGUGGUGGAGAUCAGCCAAGUGCCCACCAGCGAGCACGUUCUGGAGGUGCACGUGGGCGGCGGUUACUACGAUGAAAUCGAGAAGCUGCCCGAGGACAAGUUGCUGGACCAGAUUACCGACCUGCUGAGGCGCUGCAUUAGCAGUCGCGUGAUACCCUAUCCCCAGGGCCUGCUCCGAUCCAGUUGGAGCACAUCGGCAUGCUAUCUGGGCGGUCGUCCCUUCUUCUCGACCACCAGCAGUGCCCGCGAUGUCCAACGAUUGGCUGCUCCGUUGGGCGAGCAAUCACCGAGUCUGCUCUUCGCUGGGGAUGCCACCGCCUUGCGCGGCUUCGGAACCAUAGAUGCCGCCCGCUCCAGCGGUAUCCGUGAGGCACAGCGGAUCAUCGACUACUACAACCAUAGCAGUAUGCAGUGCAAUUAGUCCUUAAUAUCCUGGCACCCAAAAUUGGCAAUAAGACGGUACAAAAACAUCUCCUAGUCAAAAAAUUUGUUGCAAACAAUUGUUUUGUAGUUUUAAGCAAAUACACAUAUAUAUUUUAAUUAGACGUAGCAUGUUAACAAUAAAGACAUUAACAACAACAACAA